GCACCCCUCCUCCUCCCCCGGGUGCGCCCCUCCUUCUCCCCCAGUGCCGCCGGCGCGCCGCCGGGUGCGCCCCUCCUUCUCCCCCACUGCCGCCAUUGGGAGGGGCCUUCUUCCCUAGUACCACCGCCGGGAGGUGCCUUCUCCCCUAGCAUGGCGCCAGAUCCGGUCGCCGUUCUUUCCGCACGCGCCGAGCCGCCGCCGGACUUGGAGAAGCCGAAGCACAGCACCAGAACGGCGCCCCCAACCCUGCCGCCGCCCCCAUAUCCUCCUCUGAUGCGGCCGGCGCCAACCCUAACCAGGCACCUCCCGUCUCUCAGGAGGACCUUCUCUCUACGUUCAGAUCAACCUCAUGGACAGUGUCCCCGAAGAUCAGCUCCGCUUCCAAUCGUAAUGUCUCCUUCAUCAUUUCCCCUUUUUUUUUCCACCUCUCUUCGUCAACAGCACCGACGACUUAUCGUGAUUUGCUGUUUUUUCUCAUCAAUGUUCCUAGGUGAAACUUUCAGUGAAAUUAUCAGCAAUCAUACUGUUAAUUCAGAUAGUUUAUUUUGGAGAUGCUGCAUGGUAGCACUCAAUUUGUCUACGUUUGGACCUCAUUUAGUUGUAUACACAUUCUUUGGACUCGUGGCAUCAUAUCAUUACUGGGCAUCAGCACAAGUCAAUUUUGUCCUUAAAAAACUUUUUAUCACUAAUAUGUUCAGGCCUAUGUUGACUGCAUGAAAAUUAUCGCUAGAGUUAUCUCAGGGAAUUUUUUUUCAUAAUAAUACAACUUUAUAUUGAAUAAUUCUGAUAUGAAAAAAAUAAAGUUGUAUGAAUGUGACUGGAAAGUAGAAAAAGAACAUUGAGAGUGGCUCAACUCCCUUUUCUUAUAUGAUCUUGAGCUGGUACAAGGAAUAGAAGAACUAGGUAACAAUAUACUUUUCGAAUAGAAAGAAUAAUGGCAGUUUAUUGUAAGUGUUACAGUGUAAUCUUUGUGUUGUAUAUAUAGAUAAGAUGGAAAAAAAUGUAAAGUUCUUGCUGUAUAAUAUGGAUUAGAAUGGUGAAAUAUGUUCAGGUACAAAUAGAAGUGCAUAUGAACUAUAAUAUUUGGGCAUAAUUAGGCCGUUACAAAGUAGUUCUCGCACUGUCAUGUAUGGAUAACUGAGGACUAUAGAGUUUCUAAUUGAGGAGUUUGAUGAGUCACAUCAUAUUUGAUGCGUUAUGCCUAGACAAAAUGAGACAAAUUCUGUACCAAUUGCAGAUCACACCGAGCGAAAUGUUUUUUUGUAAGAAUAUUUUGUAAGAAACUUCUUCUAUGUAACAGGAUGUUUGUUCCCAUAGAGUUAAAUGAUGUUCUGCCUGCAAACAUGCCUUGAACUAGCACCUGUUCGCUUGACCAAAUUUUGAUAUUGUUUGAUGUGUUCAGUUUACAAGUUUAUUAAAAUGAUACAGCUUUAGCCAAGAUUCACACCACUAUCCUUUGGCUUUUGCUUAUGUUUAAAUUCAAAAUUUGAAUUUUCGGUUUUAAGUUUAGAGUUGAUUGGUAUUUACUUUCUCCCUUAAUUACUUCCUCCCUUAAUCAGCAGCGUUUACAAUAGAAACUGCCAAAUUAAUUGAGUCAGGAGGUGCAAUGGUUAAUUAAUACAAUUCAUGUGCCACUUCCUAUUUGUCUUUUAUAAUUCUCUUGCAAACCUUUUGAUAAGUCUCUUGCAAUCCAACCUCUCCUCAAAUCCAUACCUCCCUCACAUCAAUCGCUCUGUGUGCAAGCCUCAACCUUGCACCCUUUCAUUCGACAAGCGCACUUGAUUGCAAUCGAGUCAUGUAAGCAGUUGGGAAGGACCCAGAAGAUUGCUAUAUAGCUGUCCUGACGUAUUGCAUCCUCAACCUUGCACCCUUUCAUUCGACAAGCACACUUGAUUGCAAUCGAGUCAUGUAAGGACCCAGAAGAUUGCUAUAUAUCUGUCCUGACGUAGCGAGGAGCAGCAACUUACUCGACUCACAGGUGCUAUUGGGAUUGGGAGAACCAAUCUUUCGCUAGUGGGCUAGCUUGGCUUGGAGUGAUUCUCCAUCUUAACUUAGUUGUUCAUAAAUUUCAUAUAGCCCUACUGUAUCAACUGCAUGAAAUAAAAGAUAGAAGGGCAUUUGUUUCACCCCCUUCUGGAGAAGCCUGGGAAUUGUCAUAAAAGCAAAUAACCUUGCUCGAGGACCUAGCUCAUGGAUGCUGGGCAGAGUACUUUACGUUUGCCGGUAGGUCGUCACCGGGCAAGAUGUCGACCGUCACAUAUUUUGUUCCCUCACCCUGAUCAUGCUACUUCUGCUGAAUCACGGCGAAAACGUAAACUCAUAUUGGAUGCCCGUAGAUUUAGAGGCUCAUCAUCUGCAACUACUCCUCCAUUGCCUAACCAACAACGAAUUAUUGGACUAUCCUCACAUUCCCAAUCAGCUGAGUUUCAUAAUUCUUCAUCCGCGUCUACAUCAAACCAAGUAUUUUGCCAUCUCCGUAUGUUAUCAUAUCCUUUGUACAUAAAAAUUGACAUAUGUCAGUUAACAUCUUACAUCUGGAAUCUUCUACUGGUAUACUUUGUUAGGAACAAUCUAUGCUCCACUUAAUCUUGGUGGCCCAAAUCAUUCUUGCAAUCAUUGUGGUGCUUUAUUCUGGUACAAAGAGCGAACACGGAAAAAUAGGCACACAUCAAAUCCAACAUAUAAUUUAUGUUGCAGAGGGGGCAGGAUAUCACUACCAUCUUAUAAUCCACCUCCUCAGCCCUUAUUGAAUUUGUUGACAUCUGCUAGCCCCCAUUCAAAUCACUUCUUGCAGCACAUUCGUCGAUACAAUGCCAUGUUUGCUAUGACUUCAAUGGGAGCUAAGGUCAUUGAAUCCGUCAACGAUGGCCAUGGACCAUAUGUCUUCAAAAUUAGUGGACAGAUCUGCCACAGAGUAGGCUCUUUAAUACCUCCACAAGGUCAUCGGCCAGAAUAUGCUCAGCUAUACAUCUUUGAUACAGAAAAUGAAAUCUCUAAUAGAAUCAACAUUGCUUCAUCUUCACGUAAUAGAAGCAACGCUGCUUCAUCUUCUCACAACUCCUCCCAUGCCAACGAAGAAAUUGUCCGCUCUCUAAUAGAAAUGUUUGAUACACAUAAUCCUAUUGUGAAGUUAUUCCGAACAGCAAGAGAAAGAUUAAGUGAGAAUGAAUCUGAUCAUUACAAAAUCCGAAUAUUUGGUUCAAUAGAUGAACAUGGGGAUAUAUAUAGUGCACCCAGUUGCAGCAGAGGUUGUAGGAUUGGUUGUUGGGGAUAUUGGGAUGACUGAUAUUGGACGAGAUAUAAUAAUUCAACACCAUUCAUUAGAACUGCAGCGUAUACAUGAAAAACAUCGCAAAUUUAUGGCAAUGCAAUAUCCUAUUUUAUUUCCAUAUGGUGAAGAUGGUUUCCAUGAAUCCAUCAUAUACAACCAAACAACAAGCUCAUCUGCCUUACAACGUAAUAAAGCAACAGUGGUUGAAUUCUUUGUUUAUAUAUUGCAUGACAGAGUGGGCCAAUUCAACACUCCGUUGCGAUGUGAGAGAUUAACCCAGUCUUAUUUUGUUGAUGGCUAUUGUUGUGUUGAAGGUGAACGCAUACAACACUAUAGGUUACCUAGCUUCCAACACAAAUAUAGAUCAGCACCAUUUAAUUCUUUAGCAAAUUCUGUGUCUAAAGGCAUUACAGCCGGUUCUUCAGCUGGCCAACGGGUUAUCUUACCGGCCUCUCAUACUGGAAGCCCUCGGUAUUUCUACCAGAACUACCAAGACUGCAUUGCUAUUUGUAGGAAAUAUGGCUGCCCGGAUCUUUUUCUCACAUUCACAUCAAAUGCAUCUUGGCCAGAAAUCCUACAAGCUCUACCACCUAGGCAACAACCUUCUGAUCGUCCAGACAUCGUUGACCGUGUCUUUAAAAUGAAGCUAAAUAUUUUAAUGGAUGACAUUACGAAAAAUAAAUUCUUUGGUCCCAUCCAUGCGGUUGUCUACACAGUAGAGUUUCAAAAGCGUGGGCUACCACAUGUCCAUAUAAUCAUUUGGCUGUCAAAAGAAGAACCUCUCGAUGCUCAAAAGGUUGACCAACGUAUCUCAGCUCAAUUACCAAAUCCUACACUUGAUACAAUAGGAUUUGAAGCUGUUACUUCUUUUAUGAUCCAUGGGCCUUGUGGCCCUGGAAUUUCCUAUUCACCAUGCAUGUCUGGAGGAAGGUGCUCCAAAUUUUAUCCAAAGGAAUUCUAUGAAAACACUUCUAUAUUACAAAAUGGUUUUACCCAAUAUGCACGGCCAAACAAUGGAAUAGUUGUUACAAAGAAUGGAGUUGACAUUGACAAUAGAUUCAUUGUUCCUCAUAAUGUUGAUUUGGUGGUAAAGUACCAAGCUCAUAUAAAUGUGGAAAGUGUUAAUCAUGAUGGAAUGCAUAAGUAUCUUUUUAAGUAUGUUACAAAAGGCUAUGAUUGUGCUAAGGCUGGUAUCCGUCCCAAUUCAGGAAGUGAAACUAUAAAUGAAAUAGACAAUUAUCAUGAAUGUCGAUGUGUAACCCCAAAUGAUGCUGCUUGGCAUUUACUUCAGUUUGAUAUACACCAUACGGACCCAUCGGUUGAGCGCCUUCCAGUCCACCUUCCUUUAGAGAAUAAUGUUGUUUACACCGAGGAUGAUGACCUAGAAGAAGUCAUUGAAAACCCAGGAAAUCAAAAAUCCAAACUUACUGCAUGGUUAGAGGCUAAUAGUCAAUUCCAUGAAGCUAGAGAGCAUACAUAUAUUGAAUUCCCUCAAUACUUUACAUGGCACUCAAGUGGAAAAUAUUGGGAUAUACGCCGUGGUUACCACAACAAAAUUGGGCGCAUUGCUCAUGUUGAUCCAACAAAAGGGGAACAAUAUUAUUUGAGGAUGUUACUCCAUAUAGUUAAAGGACCAAAGGCUUUUUCUGAAAUCAGAAAUAUAUCUGGCCAACAACAUCCAAUGUUUCGAUCAGCAUGUGAGGCUCUAGGUCUCCUUGAUGAUGAUCAAGAGUGGUCCUAUGCUCUUAAUGAUGCAGCACAGUGGGCCUUACCUUAUCAGUUGCGUCAGUUAUUUGUCACAAUCUUGCUCUUUUGUGAGGUAACAAAUCCACAAAGGCUUUUUACAAAACAUGCCCAACGAUUGAGUGAAGAUAUCAGGCAUAGAGCAAAUCUAAAUUUAUCGGAAAGUAAUAUUUCACUUGCAAACUCUUUUGUUCAUAAUGCCCUACUGUUUGAACUGGAUAAGUUAUUGAGAAAUGCAGGAUAUUCUUUAUCACACUUUAAUUUGCCACUUCCAGAUGAUAUUGGUAGCGCAUCUGCAGAUAAUAGAUUAUUACUAGAUGAGCUCGGGUAUGAUAUUAUUGGCAUCACAUCUACAUCUGCUAAUGACAUAAAUAUGCUGAAUAGAAAUCAGAAGGAAAUUUUUGAUUCUAUUUCUAAUUCAGUCAUAAAUAAUGAGGGGAGAACAUUCUUUGUGUAUGGAUAUGGAGAAACUGGAAAGACUUUCUUAUGGACAACUUUAUGGAACUUUGUGAGAACACAAGGGAAAAUUGCAUUAGCUGUUGCAUCGUCAGGAAUUGCAUCCCUCCUACUUCCAGGUGGUAGAACACCUCAUUCCCGCUUUAAAAUCCCUUUGGACAUACGUGACAAUUCUAUGUGCAGCAUAAAGAAAAACACACACUUAGCAGAACUUAUUCAAUAAACAUCUCUUAUUGUUUGGGAUGAAGCACCGGUUAAUCACAAGCAUUGUUUUGAAGCAUUAGAUCGCACAUUGAGAGAUAUAUUGUCAGAUAUUCGACCUAAUGCACAGCAUAGACAAUUUGGUGUAAUAACUGUUGCAUUUGGUGGAGAUUUUCGGCAAACACUUCCUGUUAUUCAGAAUGCAACAAGGGGCCAAAUUUUGCGAGCUUGUAUUGUUAAUUCUUACUUACGGCAUCAAUGUGUAGUUCUUCAAUUGACUGAAAACAUGAGACUUACCUCACAAAACCUUUCGCCAUCCGAUAAAGAAGAGCUACGAAUAUUUGCAGACUGGCUUUUAAGAGUAGGAAAUGGUACAGAAACUCAAAUUCCAAUAGAACAUGAAACCAAUGGUACUUUCAUAGAAAUACCAGAGUCUCUUUUGUUGCUCCUGGACUCUAGAAAUCUUAAUAACUUGAUUUCCUUUGUAUAUGACUUAGGAUAUGAACCAAGCAAUAUUACAACGUAUUUUUGUGAUCAUGCAAUUUUAUCACCAACAAAUGAGGUUGUUUCAGAAAUCAACAACAAAAUCAUUGCUCAAGUAACAACUGCCGAGAUGUCAUAUUAUAGUUCAGAUACUAUUGAUGAUAGCUGCUCAAACCAUUCAACUCUAGAGGCUCUAUAUCCAACAGAAUUUCUGAACACAAUAUCUUUGAAUAGACUUCCAGACCAUGUUUUGCAUCUCAAAAUUAGUGUUCCUAUAAUGCUCUUGCGUAACCUUUAUCGUUCUAGAGGUACAACUCGCAUCACUGAAGGGGAAAUAAUCACUGGGAAAGCCAUAGGUUCAAGAGCAUACAUACCACGUAUUAUAACGACAUCAGCCCAAUCUAACUGGCCAUUCAAGCUAAAACGGCGGCAAUUUCCAAUACGUUUGUCAUAUGCCAUGACUAUUAACAAGAGUCAAGGUCAAACACUUCAAAAAGUUGGUGCAUACUUGCCAUCUCCAGUUUUUUCUCAUGGCCAAUUAUAUGUUACAUUAUCACGAGUAACAUCUCCAAAAGGUCUGCGAAUACUUAUAAGCGGCAAUAAUUCAUCAAAUGACCAUUGCACGAAAAAUGUUGUAUACAAUGAGAUUUUUCAGAAUAUCAACAAUCAUCUCAAUUAGUCACCAAGAAACACUUUCAUAGAUGGGAUCACCAACAAAACUCAAAGAGAUAAAUUAGGGCCAACAAAACCUCAAAGUUUUUGGCCGGCUUAUUAGAUUAUGGGAUGUUAAAAACAUGGCCUCAGCUGGGACACCUGCAGUAAUCAGCAUCGAUGGGGUCAUUCUUGAUGAAGAGGACAGUAUGGUGCAGUUUACUAUUCCAAAGAAACUUGAAAAUGAAUUCCGUCCAUCACUAACUCUCGGCUUAGUCUACAUGUUUGUCGAUGUCAAUACUGUUGACAUUAAAAACAAAAGAUAUAUUUACCACCACAAAAAUACAUGUUGCAGUUUAAGCCCAACACAAAGGUUCAUCACCUAGAAUCAAGAGGUGCAUCCAUCCCAAAAUAUGGUUUUGAUUUGUGCCCAUUUGAUCAGAUACCAACUAAAAGCAGAUUAUCAAAACCAUUGCUAGAUCUGAUAGGAGUUAUUAGCCAUGUUGGGCCAUAUGAUUAUGCGGGCAAAACAUCAUAAAAAAACAGAAAGCUCAAAAUCCGUAACAAAGAGUAUGUAUCACAUACACAAAGUAUAUCAUUAUUCGCAAAUCUAUCUCGGAACAUAAUUUAUACUUUUUGUGCCAUCAAUUUGUAGUGAAUAGGAGCAAGAAAUUGUACUAUGGGGUGAAUAUGGAGAAUCUUUUGAUGAAGCUUUUGUGCUACAAAAAUCAACAAACCAAAAAUUAGUAGUAGCUAUACUUGCUGGAUUUACAGCAGGGACUUAUUUAGGCAAAACAGAAGCUUCAUCAAGUUCAGCAACACAAAUAUAUUUUGACUCCAAUAUAACAAAGAUCGUUGAGUAUCAAACCAGCUAUCAAUGGAAUAUUCCAACUCUCCAACAACAAAUGCCUCGAAUUGAGCAUUUAACUCCACUUCAAGCAGCUGGUAAAUUGUACAAACUUCAAGAAAUAUUAGAAAUGCCAAUUUCUUCUUUCGAGGUAAGCCAUUCACACUACAUCACCAAAUAAAUUGCUUAUCUAACUAAAUAAUCAUUUUAAUAUAUCUUAUACAAUAGGGAGGGAAUUCAUACAGUUGCAUUGCAAAUGUAUCAACAAUAGUGCCAUAUACAAAUUGGUACUACAAAAUAUGAAAAACCUGUAGUGCAUCAUACAAUAACAACUCUGACACUCCAAGAUGUCAAUGCCAACAUUCGAUGCCAAAACCAAUGUAUGUGACAUCUAUAAAACUAUUUUUUCUUAUUAACUAAUUUGUCUUGCAUUUCCACAAACAAAUCUAAUAUACCUAAACAAACUUUCAAGUACAAACUUCCUUUAACAAUUACAGAUGAAUUAGGAACUAUGGAUGCAAUUGCAUUCAACAAUGUGGCUGAGGAUUUGGUUGAAAUCAACGCUACUCAAGCUACCCAGAAUAUGAAAAAUGAUGCAACAGAGCAUGCCAUAGCUCUUGAUACAGCUAUUGGGAAAACAAGACUAUUUCACAUUGGCAUGAAUACAAAGUACUCUUCACACUUCUCUAUCAAUUAUGUCCUCAAGAAGAGUUAUCCUACUGAAAAUGAAAAUAAAACUUUGAUGCUACCUGCUCUGAGAAAUAUACAUGUAACAACGGUAUACAAGUGUUUGUUCUUACCAUACCUUUUACCAGCCUUCUAUAUUUUGAAAUAAAAUGAUUUUUUAGAAAUCAGACAACAAACAAGUGCCAACAAAUGAAGAGCAGACCAUCAUGGAACAUAACAGGUUAACCAACAUAUGCCUUUUUUCUUAUUAUAUUUUGCUUAAUAUUUCUAUAUUUAUUACUACAACUACUAGCAGCAAAGAAAACCAACAUCCUACUACGCCACCACCCCCACAACCUCCAACAACAACUCUAGACAGCACAGUAAACCAAAUUAUACCUUCAGCAAAAAGAACUCUUUAGUUUGAAAAAGGAGGUACACAUUGAUCAGCUAAGCCCAGCAAUUGCAAACACUGUUCAAGUUCUUUCUCCAGAGCCAAAUUGCAAGCGCCAUAAAAAAAUAAUAGAAAGCUCCACCAACGCAGAGGAAACCCAACAACAGCACCCCAAAACAGAUGAUCAACGGCCAUCAGGUCAGAAAGAACAGGAACCAUGAGGCACGACUCACUCACAACAACUACCUCCAAGCAGUUUCCAAGAUGACUGCAUCCAAAUCAACAUCUAUUUCUAUCACUGUCCAAGGGAAAGCAUCCACCAAUGCCCUCUCUAAGCUGCAGCCAACUCAAGCUCAUAUUCUGAACUACAUGAAAAAUAAGCUUCCUCACAUGCAUAUCAUUCUCGAUGAAGAAAAUGUGAAAAACAAUGAGAUUUAGUACUUAUAUACUAUUACUAGAUAUCUACUAUUUCUAGCUUACAGUAUUUACUACCUACCUACAGUGUGCUGUAAUCAAAUAAAGAAAACUUACUUUUAUAUUUGCAUAUAUUUCACUCAGCUUAUAUAUACCCAGUUAUCUGGUGAAGAU